CAGAAACCAAACAGAAGCUCUAUGGGCCCGCGAAGAAAUACUGGGGUGAAAGAGGAAGCUUAUCCACCCACGAAGGCCUAUUGAUGAGGGGACGAAAACUUGUAAUUCCGUCGAGUCUCAGGCCAGAUAUCUUACGGUACCUACAUGAUGGUCACCAAGGCAUAUCCAAGACAGGGGACAAUGCAGCAUCGUCCGUUUGGUGGCCUGGAAUCUCCAAACAAAUUGAAGAGAUGGUUCGCAAUUGUGCCACCUGCGAAAAAUAUCGGAAAGAACGUAUAGAACCGAUGAAGGGAACAGAUUUCACAGAGCGACCGUGGUCCAAACUCGGAGCAGACUUCUUCCAACAUGAAGGCCGACACUACCUGCACAUAAUCGACUACUAUUCGCGCGAUAUCGAAAUAUACUUGGUGAGCAAGAAUGUAACAGCCUGUGAUACAGUAAACAAGAUGAAGAAUGCCUUUAGUCGACAUAGAAUCCCAGAUAUCUUAGUUACCGACAACGGACCACAGUUCGCCUCUGCAGAGUUCAACAAGAUUGCUGCAACAUGGGGAUUCGAUCACAUAACUUCAUCACCUCGGUACGCCCAGUCAAAUGGCGAAUCGGAAUGAGCCGUCGAGACAAUAAAGAACUUUCUGAAGAAGUGCGAUGACGAGUACCUCGCUCUUCUAAGCUACAGAAACACACCGCUUCACAACGGAUAUUUUCCAUCACAGCUAAGUAUGGGUCGCAAACUAAAAACAAGAGUACCGUGCCACCCUGACGAGUUGAAACCUCAACUCCCAGACAAUGAUGUAGUGAGAAAGAGAGAAAGAGAGUACAGAAGAGAAAUGCGGGAAGACUAUGACCGCAGACACAGAGUUGCAGAGGGAGAGGAGUUAGCAGAAGGUGAUCGAGUAUGGAUACCAGACCUAAAGACGGAGGGGACGAUAAUCAGGCCACACGAAACCACACGAUCGGUUGUAAUACAAACACCAAAGUGAUUGCUGAGACGAAACCGUCGACAGGUAAGAAGAGCCUUAGGAAGCCCUCAGCCAACAUACGCUUCUACACAGUACAGGGCCCCUAUACUUCCCGAGAGAUACACGACUCCGGAAGCAAUACAAAGCCAGUCAAGCCCUCUCCCGGUACAACAACCAUCAGUCUCCGAGAAAGAGACCUUCAAUGAAAUGUCUGGACCCACACAAGGAGAUGGGAAUCGAAUACCACAGCCGUGCCCUACGCCAGAGCAGCCAACCCUGAGGCGAUCAGAGAGAGUGCGCCGCAGACCUUGCAGAUACAUUGAAGAAUACUGAUUGACAAUGACUGCUGUUAGUUACCAUUAGAACAAUGUUAGAAUAUUUACUUGUAUAGGUCAAUUUAGAAGUAGACCAUAAGUUACACGUUUGUAUGUUAGGUUACUGUUCAAAUGGAAGAAUUAGUAUUGGGCUACCUGUAGUAGCAGAGGGACUAGGGGGACUGGGGCGAAGUAAGAUGGCGGCCUCCUAGAGCGAUCGGACUACGAUUGUAUGGUAGCACCUUAGAGUAUCUUAGACACAGUAAACGUCUUACUACACUUGUCCCCGCCCUUGGCAUUGUGGAUGCACAUACACUCCUCCUUGGUCUGUUUAGGCAUGCAAGUAAAGUCUUUCAGGGGACCAUUCUGGAUGCAUUAUAUCUUGAGUUAGCAAAGGCUUGCGGCAUACGCACACAUCCAAAGGAUUUUGGAACGUUUUCCAUUAAUGUCAUGAAGAAUCUCCAAAUGCAAGGCAAACCCAACUUGGUUUACAAAUGGUGCCAGUGCCUUCAUGGGGUUAACCGAUCCUUGCAGCUAGAUAGGAUGCCAUUUGGAAUGAUCCAGUACCGCAUUGAGUUUUUCAGUUGUACACAUAUAGCACAGAUAUCUGUGUCCCCUGACUAUAAAAUAUGGCUAGACACAAUGGAGGCAGAGUUUGGUGGUGGGAAGUUUAAGCGCUUGUUUCGUGGCCCUAUGUGGAAUGGCUGUGACAAGAAAGACAUUGGUGAUCCCUCAAAGGCCAAACCCAACAUACCAUGCAGAAGCAAACAAGCCCAACUGAAUGCCAUUGCUAAGAGUGACUUCUCUUCUAAGCCAGAAAUACAGACUGAUGGGACUGAUGUGAAGGAAGCCUUACAAGAGUCAUUAUUAAAAGUAUGGAAUGGUGAUGUUGAUGGAGCACUUGAAACCCUACAGGGACUGUAUGAUGACCGACUCCAUGUAUCGCAAGCUCUUAGUGUCCACAAAUUGUGUGGGAAAGAGUUAAGGGACCCAGUAGUGGCUGUUAACAAUGAGCUCAAUAACAACAUCCUGUUUCUCUAUUAUGGGCUUGCCAAGGCUGUUCAACUCUUCAGAAAGAAAUUUGAUCCCCCCAACACAAAGACUGAGAAGUUGAUGUCACUCAACUGGGAAAUUGUUGAGUUUAACACGCUUUUAGAGCAGGCAACUCGCUUUAGAGAAGUAACAAAAGAAAUGUUGAACUGUCUGGACCCUCUUCUUAGCAUGUCCAAAGAUUUGAAAGAGAGUCUGGAAUCCAACAAGGAAAAAAAGCCUCCCAGGAUGUUGCCAGCUUGUGAAAAAAGGCUGGAGACUAUGAUCAGUUCCUGAAGAACCUCU